CCCAUGUUCAUCGUCACGGACACUCUGCUUCUGGCCACAUUUUUUUUUGUACAGAGCGUCAGCAACAAUGCCUGGACGCGUAGUAGAUAACCCCAAGAGGAGGGUGCUGACCGACGCCACCAACACUCAUAGCACUUUGAAGUCACCUCCAUCGGCAAAGAAGAGAAAGCUCAAUGGCAAUGGACCCAGUGUAUCCUUCCACUCGUCUCAGCAUGGUCCGAAUGGCGUCAGAUCCAAGUUUGGCUCUAGCCAACCCAAGAGUCACUUCGAGACAGAAGUCCUCGAGAAGAUGACCCAAGAUAUUACCGGCUUGAAAGAGAACAACGCGGAGAAAGAUCAACAAUGGGACAGACCAAGCCUGGGUGAUUUUGACCCUCAAAGAGACAGUCUACGCUUCCAGCAGAUUGAAGUAGAAGAAGGCACACUACAUGGAGGAAGAGUCACUCUCAAGUUGUUUGGUGUUUCUGAGACCGGACACUCCAUCUUACUCCAUGUUACCGACUUCCUCCAUUACAUCUAUGUAGCAGCCCCCGUUAACUUCCAACGGCAAGAUGUGGAAGGCUACAAGGCGUACCUCGAAACUCAACUGGCACAACACCAGCCUGUCAUCCACUCGGUGCAGAUGGUGCUACGAGAGAAUCUGUAUGGGUUUCAAGGCAACCAGAAAAGCCCAUACCUCAAGAUCACAGUUGCAGACCCAAGGUUUAUCAACCGACUGAGGUCAGCCAUAGAAGAUGGCCAUGCCAAUUAUAAAGGAAUGUGGAAGGGUGUGGACAGCAAGAUUCUGACUUUUGACAAUAUUCAAUAUGUUUUGCGGUUCAUGAUUGACACCGGAAUUACUGGCAUGUGCUGGGUCGAGGUUCCUCCUAAUAAGUAUCAUGUUAUGCCGCAGCAUGAGCGUCAAUCCAAUUGCCAGAUCGAAGCGUAUUGUCACUACCGUGAUAUGGUCUCCCUUGGACAUGACGGAGAAUGGGCAAAGAUGGCACCACUACGGAUCUUGUCCUUCGAUAUCGAAUGUGCUGGUCGAAAAGGCGUCUUCCCCGAGCCCAACCAGGAUCCAGUCAUUCAGAUCGCCAACGUUGUCACAAGGUAUGGAGAAUCGAAGCCAUUCGUACGGAAUGUUUUCGUGUUGGAUACCUGCAGUCUGAUUGUCAAUACGCAAAUAUAUGAGCACGACUCUGAGUCAAAGAUGUUAUUAGCCUGGAGGGAUUUUCUGGAAAAGGUCGACCCCGAUGUGAUAAUCGGUUACAAUAUUGCAAAUUUCGACUUUCCGUACCUCCUUGACAGGGCGAAGCAUCUGAAGUUGCCAAAGUUCCCAUACUGGUCACGACUCAAGAGUGUCAUAUCCCAGGCCAAAGACACCAAUUUCUCGAGCAAACAAAUGGGCAAUCGCGACACGAAAGCCACAAAUACAAACGGAAGAAUCCAGCUCGAUUUAUUGCAGCUGGUGCAAAGAGAUCACCAACUCCGAAGUUACACUCUUAACUCUGUUUGUGCUCAUUUUCUGGGGGAACAGAAGGAAGAUGUGCACCACACUAUGAUUACUGAGCUUUUCAAUGGUACACCUGACUCGAGACGACGACUGGCUGUUUACUGUCUAAAAGAUGCUUACCUGCCACAACGGCUCAUGGACAAAUUGAUGUGUUUGGUCAACUACACGGAAAUGGCCAGAGUCACGGGUGUACCUUUCAACUAUCUUCUUUCUCGUGGUCAACAAGUCAAAUUUAUCAGCCAGCUUUUCCGAAAAGCAUUGGAGCAGCAAUUGGUCAUCCCUAAUCUCAGAAACGAGGCAUCAGAAGAACAAUAUGAAGGUGCUACAGUCAUUGAACCCAGUAGAGGUUACUAUGAUGUUCCUGUUGCAACUCUCGAUUUUGCCUCCUUGUACCCAUCGAUCAUACAAGCGCACAAUCUGUGUUAUACCACCCUGCUGAACAAGAACACCAUCGAGAAACUAAACUUGCAAAAGGACGAGGACUAUAUCCAAACCCCUAAUGGUGACAUGUUCUGCACAGCCAAGGUUCGGAAAGGGCUCCUUACUCAAAUUCUGGAAGAAUUGCUAGGUGCUCGUAAACGAGCGAAAAAAGAGCUUGCCGUCGAAACCGAUCCUUUCAAAAAGGCUGUGCUCAACGGUCGACAGUUGGCGUUGAAAAUUUCCGCCAACUCAGUGUACGGUUUGACUGGUGCUACUGUCGGAAAAUUGCCGUGUCUGGCAAUUGCUUCCAGUACGACGUCCUAUGGUCGACAGAUGAUUGAGAAGACAAAGAAUGAAGUCGAGUCAAAGUACACCAUUGCCAAUGGAUACUCACACGACGCUCAAGUUAUCUACGGUGAUACUGAUUCUGUCAUGGUCAAAUUUGGAGAGAAGGAUCUGGCCAAAACAAUGGCGCUCGGCCAGGAGGCCGCCGAUUAUGUCUCGGGGAAGUUCAUCAAGCCAAUCAAGCUGGAAUUUGAGAAGGUGUACUUCCCAUACCUCUUGAUCAACAAAAAACGUUACGCCGGUCUUUAUUGGACCAAGCCUGAAAAGUUCGACAAGAUGGACACCAAAGGUAUCGAGACAGUUCGCCGAGACAACUGUCGCCUAGUCCAGAUCGUCAUCGAGACCGUUCUCAAGAAGAUUUUGAUGGACCGAGACGUCGAUGGCGCUCAAGACUACGUCAAAGAAACAAUUGCCAACCUGCUCCAAAACAAGGUUGACCUGAGCAUGCUCGUCAUCACCAAGGCGCUCAGCAAAAGUGACUAUACUGCCAAACAGGCACACGUCGAACUCGCCGAACGCAUGAAGAAGCGUGACGCUGGCUCCGCUCCGGCCUUGGGUGAUCGAGUCGCGUACGUCAUCAUCAAAGGCGCAGCUGGUAGCAAGAACUACGAAAAGGCUGAAGAUCCGAUCUUCGUGCUGGAGAACAACGUCCCGAUCGACACAAAAUACUACCUUGAAAACCAACUGGCGAACCCGCUCCACCGCAUCUUCGAGCCCAUCUUGGGCGAGCGCCGUGCGAACUCUCUACUCGCCGGCGACCACACGCGUAGCAUCUCGGUCGCGGCGCCGACGGUGGGUGGACUGAUGAAGUUUGCCAAGAAGACCCAAACGUGCAUGGGUUGCAAGAAGCCCCUCGUCGGCAAGGAAGAGAGCAGGGGCGCCGUGUGUUCCAACUGUCAGCCACGUAUCGGCGAGUUGUACACGAAGCACGUCAAGAAGGUGGGCGAGAUGGAAGUGCGCUUCUCCAGACUCUGGACCCAGUGUCAACGCUGCCAGGGCAGCAUGCAUUCCGAGGUGCUGUGUUCUUCGAGAGAUUGCCCCAUCUUCUACAUGCGCAUGAAGGCACGCAAGGAGGUUGAAGAGGCGGGCAAGGAACUUGCGAGGUUCGAUGAAGAUGUGGGUGCGCUCUGGUAGGGUGGUUCCUUGCUGGGCUGCUGGAACGGUCCCAGGGCAUGGAUAUGAAUUAGAUUCUCCGUACAACACGGAAACGGUCAAAGCGGCGGUUCCUAUGUGGAUGGAAGACACUUUGCCAAUGGGCGUAAAGGGGUUUUUGAGCAUUUGGGGGUUUUUAUGGCACGGAGAUUCGACUUUUUGCUGUGGGAGUUUGCAGUAGUGGCUUUUACGUAGGAAGCACGAAGCACGAAGCAGGUAUAUUUAAGAGGGUCCAAGGACGAUUUGUACCACCAGCGUGAUCACCUAUUAUUCCUGCAAAGGAGCAUG